AGCCGGUGGGAGGGUUUACAAAUCAUAAUCAUAAAACUUCUUGCAGUUGUCAGGAGGACGUGAGCCAGAGAUCGGAGAAAGUAAUUGUUGGGGCUUUCCUACGUGCAGAAAAAGAUUUUUUUUUUUGCAACCUUUGAUCCUAGUCUGAGAGCUGUCUGGACACUCACAUUGGCAGAAGCUGUGCAGCAGAUAACACUGUGGGGCUGAAACUAGAGUGUUUUCUCUAAGGAAGGAGUGUAAUAUGGGUGGCUGGUGGGCAUCUCUCUUCAUCUUUCUGUGGGCAGUGAUGGAUCCAGGGGCUUUGGGGCUGGGACCCCACACCAAGGGGAAAGACCCUGCAGAACGGUCCCAGCAUCGGGUGCAACGAGGCGCCUGCACCUACACAUUCCUGCUCCCAGAGGCUGGAGACUGUGACUCCUUGGUUGCCGAGUACCAGGUUUCCAACUCGCUCCAGAGAGAUGCUCCACCUGCGGCUGAGGCCAAGUGGCCGGUCAAGAGGCUUCAGCAGCUGGAAGACAUCAUGGAGAACAAUACCCAGUGGCUGCAGAAGCUGGAGGGCUACAUUCAGGAGAACGUGAGAAUGGAGAUCUCCGACAGCCAUUUCAGUGUUGUGCAGAACCACACAGCAGCCAUGCUGGAAAUUGGUACCAACCUUCUGAACCAAACUGCAGAGCAGACCCGCAAGCUCACUGAUGUAGAGAUGCAGGUUCUCAACCAAACCUCACGGCUGGAAAUCCAAGUACUGGAAAACUCCCUCUCUACCAACAAACUGGAGAAACAGCUUCUGUUGCAGACUCACGAGAUCAACAGACUCCAGGAAAGGAACAGCUUCCUUGAGAAGAAGGUCCUGGCUCUGGAAGGGAAGCGUGAGGAGGAACUUCACGGCCUUAGAUCUGAGAAGCUGGAAAUGCAAAAGUUGCUUUCCAAGCAGGCGGACUUUGUUGGGCACCUGGAGCAGCGUCUGGGCAUGGCCCUCCUGAACAACACUGCCCUACAGAAACAGCAGACCUCACUGGCAGAGACGGUGAAGCAACUGAUAGGCUUGGUGUCCCAGUGCAACCAAAUUUCUCUUGCCCACUUAGAAGAGCAGAGGACGUUCAAGGAUUGUGCUGCUGCCUACAAACUGGGAUUCACCAAAAGCGGAGUCUAUACCAUAAGGUUCCCCAAUACCACAGCUACUGCUAAAGUACUUUGUGACAUGGAAACCAGUGGAGGAGGCUGGACGGUGAUCCAACACCGGAAGGAUGGGUCUGUGGAUUUCCAGCGCACCUGGAAGGAAUACAAACAGGGCUUUGGGUCCCCACCUGGGGAAUAUUGGCUGGGCAAUGACUUCAUCCACUUGCUCACCACACAAGGUUCCUAUUCCCUUCGUAUCAAACUCCAAGACUGGGAAAACAAUGAGGCGUAUGCCCUGUAUGACCACUUUCAAGUAGGCCCUGAGGAGCAUAACUACCGGCUUUAUGUGAGGCGAUACAGUGGCACAGCUGGACGUACAAGCAGCCUGAGUCCGUUGGGAACAGAAUUCAGCACUAAGGACGUUGACAACGACCGCUGUGCAUGCAAAUGUGCGCAGAUGGCAGGUGGAGGUUGGUGGUUUGAUGCUUGUGGACCCUCGAACCUGAAUGGCAUUUACUAUCCACCCACCCCUGCCCUGAUCAGAUACAAUGGCAUGAAGUGGCACUACUGGAAAGGACCCAGCCACAGCCUCAAAAUGGCCAGCAUGAUGAUCCGACCUGUGGAUUUCAGAGAGGACUAAGGGAACAUACCAUAGGUGGCCAAAAGGAUGGGAUGGAUAGAUUGGGAUGGAUAGAUACAUUGUGAGAGGCACCACCAAGGCCCCAACGCAAAGGACUGGGGCUCCCUUCAGACGUGUGCAAACUCUCAGCGGAGGACGCUUGGUAUACUAGGAGCAUCACUAAACAUAUCCAGGGGCAGCCAUGUUAGCCAUGUAGUAAAGUACAAUAAUGUCCCAAACCCACAAAACAGCAACCUUUCAAAGUUUUACUGGUGAAGCUCUAGUGAAGCUUCAAAAAUUUGCAGCAUGGAUUUUUUUGCAUUUGCUUGGCCCAAUAAAUCUAUCACUGUUUUGUGGAUUUGGGAUGUUAUCGUACUUAUGAACACCACCGUAGUUCAUAUUGGAUACUACAAGGUACUGUUAUCACAAGGGGCAAUUGCCACAUAUAAUAAGCUCAAGAUGUCUCUCAGGUCUUCAUUUACUCUAUGCAGUUUUGACUGCAUGGUAUAUACUAUGAGGUCCACAACUUCAUAACUCUUUAAAGAUAAACUAUAAUGCUCCAGAUGCUUCACUCUUUCCUUCUUGGGAAAGAAUCCCAGCUCCUUGAUCAUUUUCAAUAGCUUUCUCUCUCUUUUGCACCAGCUGUGCAAAAUCGUUUGGCAAACAGAUAACCACAAUGGUCCAAAUACGGCCAUACCCCAGGUUUACAUCAAGCUUUUACAAUACUAAGCCAUUCUGAGACAAUUCCAUAAUAAUUAUAUGUAAAUAAAUGCCUGGGAAAAUGCAGAUAAGCUUAAAAUUUAUUGGGUAAUAACAUUCUGGCCUCUGCCUUCACUAGUAUCUGUUGCAGAUUUAAAGGCAAACAUGUGAGCCAAGGUUUCACCACCAUAAUAAAAGCCUGAAUAACUUAUUGCAGCUCAAGAUAUCUUAAUUUAAAUACCUACAUCCUUGCAAACCUGUAAGUCUUUCUAGUAGAAAAAUCACCUAGACAUACUGGGCCAUGAGAGACAAGAGAGAACAUCUGGUCAUUAGAGUCUUAAACUGGGAAGAUACAUAUUUUACCCAGGAUUUAAAUUCUCUCUUUCCUCACCUCUCUAGUACUUUUGUAGAUUUGGACAUCUUGCUGCGAAUUCUCUCCUCCUCCAUAUUCUUAGAAGAAUUAUGGCCUUCACUUCCAGAGCGUGUUGUGAAAUGAAAUUGUUUUAGAAAUAGAAGCAGAAGUUGAUUUAUCCACUAAAUGAUGUCAGCCUCGGUUUGGUCAGUCAUCUGUCCACAACAUUAUAGUGAUAAUCUAAAAUUUAGAAACAUAGCCACGUUAGUCUGGAAUAUCAGUAUGCAAUGGGAACUUGCAGCACCUUUGAGACUGUGUGAAAAGUUGUAGUAUAAGUUUACAUAGAUGUAAGUCUAUGAAAGCUCAUGCUACCACGAUGGGCCUUUGGUAUCUGCUGUGGCUUGGUUCCAGGAUCCCUGUGGAUACCAAAACGCAUGGAUGCUCAAGUCCCACAAAAUACAAUGGCAUAGUAAA